CCUUCUUUUCUUUUUUCCCCUUCUUUUCCCCUCCCUUCUUCUCCUUGAAGAGUUAAGAAACUCGAGCCCUUGUUUGCGCAACAGCCGGGCCAGCCCCGCAGCCGCCAAAGUGUCUAGACUGGCACAUGAUGGGAGGGAGCCAAUGGCUCCAGCGCUCGCCCAGGGGGCCCUCCGGUGAGUGGGGUGUGUGAGUGCGGCUUGGAGGAGAACAAACAACACCAAAAAGGAAAAAAAGAAAGGAGAGAGGGGUUGAGAGAAGAAGGAGGGAAAGAACGCACCGCGCGCAAGAGAAGAAAGAAACAAGAGGAGGAGACUCCGUGCGCCCUCGGUUACGCACGGCUUUGGGGCGCAAAAGAGGCUCGUACAGGCUUUUGGGGACCUUUAAAGAAGCAAGGAAGUUGUGGGGGAGCCUUAGGGGAGUCUUGGGGAGCCCUUCCCUCCUCUUUUCCCGAGCUCCCUGCCUUCCAAAGCGGGGAUUUCCUCCUCUUUGCUUCCUCCCCCCAUCGCCGGGAUAUUGACAAGCCUCAACCCGAGCCAUGUGCGCCUCCGGGGCGAUGCCGCUUUGGGAGCCCCUUUUCCUCCUCCUUCCGCCCUACUUUCGGGGGAAAGACACCCGCUGGUAAAGGGGAACUUCCCCUUCCCUUUGGACCUCUCUAUUUUGGGGAAACUUAACGCCUCGGAAGCCGAGGAGAGGAACCAAGUCGGGAAAGUAUCCACAACAAAGCCUGCUCUGGGAGAAGAGAGCUCAACCUUCGGAGGUGGACUUGCUGCAUUUUUCUCCCUUCCUUUUGGGUUUUUUCAUUCAACUUUUAAGGUGUUUUUGGAAGGCUUUUCAAACCAAAGCACCAAGGCUUUCUGCAGUUGUGAGUUUGGACCUGUUUCUAUUUCCUCUCCUUUUUUUCUUUUGGAAGGCAGCUUUGUGUGGAGUUUUCGAAGGAAGAAGCAAGGCUCUCCUCCAGAAGCACCAAGCCUUUCUUGCAAAGAGAGUUGGAACCUGCUUGUCUUUCCCCCUUUCCUUUUGGGAAAGUCCAAAACAAGGGCCAGAAACCGACCGAGGGAAGAAUCAAACCCCUUUACCUUGUUUUGAGGUUUUUGGAGGAAAGGGAACACUUUUUGGAACCCUCAAGCCCCCCUUUUUUGUUUGGAGUCCUAAGUUUUCCUUCCAUCUUGGGAAGUGUCUUUUUCCAGUUUUCAUUUAGAAGGAUUGGGAGGGAAGUCGGACUUUGUGUUAUCCAAAGUGGGACCUGCUUUUCCCUCCUUCCUUUUUUGGGAAAGGAAGAAGCUUGAAAGGAAGGAAGAAACAGGCGAGGAAAGGAGUCUGCUGCUAAGCCUCCCUGCUUGAAGAAGCUUGGAAGGAAGUAACAAACUACUAAGCCUCCCUGCUUGCUUUGGGAAGCAGACUUUGGGGAAGGAAUACAGGAAAAACUUGGAAGGAAGGAAGAAACAGGCGAGGAAAGGGCACCACCACCAAACCUCUCUGCUUAGUUUGGGAAGCCAAGGAAGAAACUACAACUAAGGCUUCCUGCUAGAUUUGGGAAGCAGACUUUGAAGAAGGAAUACAAGAAGAAACAGGCCAGGAAAGGGAGUUACAACUAAGGCUUCCUGCUUGGAUUAGGAAGCAGACGUUGGGGAAGAAAGAAUGGAAGAAACUUGGAAGGAAGGAAGAAACAGGCGAGGAAAGGGGGCCAGUAACUAAGCCUGUUAGCUUAGUUUAGGAAGCCAACUUUAGCGAAAGGAUAAAGGAAGAAACAGGCAAGGAAAGGGAGCUACUACUAAGGUUUCCUGCUUUGUUUGGGAAUCAAACUUUGGGGAUGGAAUAAAGGAAGAAACAAGCGAGGAAAGGGGACUACUACCUAAGCCUAAGCCUUACUUCCUUUGGGAAGCUGACUUUGGGUAAGGAAUACAGGAAGAAAUUUGGAAGGAAGGAAGAAACAAGCCAGGGAAAGGAACUACAACCAAGCCUUCCUGCUUGCUUUGGGAAAGGAAGGAAAGAAGAAACGGGAGAGGAAAGGGGACUACUACCUAAGCCUUCCUAAGUUUGGGAAGCAGACUUUGGGGAAGGAAUACAGGAAGAAACUUGUAAGGAAUAAAGGAACAGGCGAGGAAGGAGGACUACUAACUAAACCUUCCUGCUUGGUUUGGGGAGCCGACUUUAGGGAAAGGAUAAAGGAAGAAACAAGCGAGGAAAGGGGACUCCUACCUAGGCCUCCUUGCUUAGUUUGGGAAGCAGACUUUGGGGAAGGAAUACAAGAAGAAAAACAACCAAGGAAAGGAGACCACUCGCCCUAAGCCUCCCUGCUUGGUUUGGGAAGCCACCUUUCUCUUUGGGCACCGACUCCGGGGCGCCUUUCCCCGAUGCGCCCUUGGCCCGGCCUCCCCUCCCUCUUCCUCUUCCCCUUCCUCUCCCGGGGGGCCAGGCUCCCUUCGCGUCCGCCCCUCAUGCGGCCCCGAUCCCCGCGCAUUGCUUGACCCCGAGGCGCAUGUUCCGGUCCAAACGGGCCGGGCUGGUGCGGCGCCUUUGGCGGAGCCGGGUGGCUUUCCACGGAGGAGGAAGAGGAGAGGAAGGGGCUGCCCAUGAAGGCUCGCCAAAGCCUCCUGCUUCCUCUCGAAGGGCCUUGAGGAAGGAAGGCGCCGAGGAGGAGGAGGAGGAGGAAGAGACUUGGGAAGGCGAGGAGAGCGAGGCGGAGGAGCCCCCGGCGGAGGAGGAAGGGCAGAGCUUAGCUUGCUGCCUCUUCAAGGAAAGGGAAGGCGGAGAGGGCGCCCUUCCGACUUCCACUUCCUCCACUUUUCCGCUUCUGGAGCCAGAGCUGCAAGCGGCCGCUUAUUCGCUGCUCAAGAGGCUCAAGGAGCGCGCCUUGGACAGUCUCUUGGAAGCGGUGGAGUCCCGAGGAGGGAUGCCCGGCGCAUGCGUGCUCCUGCCCCGAGGAGGACUCGCAGGGAAGCCCUUGCCUUCUGCUUCGUCUUCAUCAUCUUCUCCUCUUCCUCCGCCGCAUCUCCUCCUCACCAAGCUCUUCCGCUGGCCGGACCUGCAGCACCCGGGCCAGCUCAGGCGCCUCUGCCGGGGACAGGGCUUCGGAGCAGGGCCCAACGGCGAGGGGCCACUUUGCUGCAACCCCUUCCACUUCGCCAGGCUCUGCGGGCCAGAAUCACCACCCCCUCCUUACUCCCGGCUGUCUCCAAACAAUGAGCAAAAACCAUUGGACCUUUCCGAUUCCACCUUGUCCUACACUGAAACGGAGGCUACCAACUCGCCCAAUCUCACUCUGGGAGAAUUCUCAGAUGCCAGUAUGUCACCGGACGCCUUCAAACCAAGCUAUUGGUGCAAUGUGGCCUACUGGGAGCACCGGACACGGGUGGGGCGCCUCUAUUCAGUGUACGAACAGUCUGUCAGCAUCUUCUAUGACCUACCUCAAGGGAGCGGCUUCUGCCUGGGACAGCUGAGUCUAGAGAACCGGAACGAAGCCGUUCGCCGGACACGUGGCAAGAUCGGCUUUGGGAUCUUGCUCAGCAAGGAGCCGGACGGCGUCUGGGCGUACAAUCGCAGCAGCCACCCCAUCUUCGUCAACUCACCCACGCUGGACAUUCCCAACUGCCGGACUUUGGUCGUUCGCAAAGUGAUGCCUGGCUACUCAAUCAAGGUCUUCGAUUACGAGAAGGCGGGCCUCUUGCAACAUGCCACGGACUUGGGGUUCCCCGAUGGGCCUUUUGACCCCAACAGUGUCCGGAUCAGUUUCGCAAAAGGCUGGGGCCCUUGCUAUUCGAGACAGUUCAUCACCUCUUGCCCGUGUUGGUUGGAAAUAUUGCUGAACAACAGAUGAAGCCACCGGCCAGCCUUUGAGGGAGCCUCGCGCCUUGACACCAGACUGUCCCCAAAUAUCAUCUACCUAGAUUUAAUAUAAAGUUUUAUAUAUAUAUAAAAUAUAUAUAUUAUAUGAAUAUAUAUAUAUUAUACUUGUAAUUAUGGAGUCAUUUUUACAAUGUAAUUAUUUAUGUAUGGUGCAAUGUGUAUAUGGACAAAAAAUGGAAAAUGCACUUUGGCUUAUAAGUCUUUCAAUCCGGUUGUUUGUUAUUUUUACAGAGGAGAAAAUUAUACAGCCAAAAGAGCCUCACCAACUUUUCGCUGGAUAGUUUUGUUUCGAUGGUAACAUCCAGACAAUAAAGCUAACACCAUUCACUCAUUGAUAAUAAAGUAUUUGCAUUAUA